UUUUACAGAACACAAGCCAAUGUUUUCCUCAACACUAGUUUUCUUCGUAUCUGCCAUUUUCAUUCUCACUGCCCAAGCCGUCGCGCGGCCAGACUUUCGCUAUCAUUUUUGUGAACUCGAAAAGGGUAACUACACCGCUAAUAGUACCUAUGAGGCAAACUUCAAUAACCUCCUCUUCUCCCUCUCUUCCAACACUGAAAUUCACCAUGGGUUCUACCAUUCCACUUACGGCCAAAACUCUGACUAAGUAUUUGCGAUUGGGCUUUGUAGAGGAGAUGUCAACCCAAAUGUUUGCCGCGGUUGCCUCAAUAACGCUGCGUCGCUUCUCACGGAGCACUGUCCCCAACAAAAGGAGGCAAUUGGAUGGUACGACGAAUGCAUGUUACGCUACUCAAAUCGCUCCAUUCUUGGCGUCAUGGAAACUAAUCCCAGUUUCUAUAUGUCGAACCCGAAAAACGUAUCGGCCUAUUACGUGAAUCAAUUCAAAAAUGAUCUUAGGACCUUGUUGGAAAGCCUAAGAAGUCAAGCUGCCGCAGGUGGUUCUGAUCUUAAGUUUGCAGCAGGAAACGCAACCGCACCGAUGUUCCAAACAUUAUAUGCAUUUGUACAGUGUACACCUGAUUUGUCUGAGCUAGAUUGCAACAAUUGCUUGCUUGAGGCUUUUCAAGAUAUUCCACUCUGUUGUGAUGGUAAGCAAGGUGGGAGAGUCAUUAGACCCAGCUGUAAUAUCAGGUUUGAGUUCUUCCCGUUCUAUAGCCCUACAACUGCUGCAUCACCCAUAAGACCAACCAAUGAAGAUAAGAGAGAAGUUUUUGCAGCGGACGAUAGCAAGAGAUCUUCAAUAUUCGUCAUCAAUAUUAUAUUUGUGCUAAUAGUAAUAGCUUCAAUGGUACUAUGCAUCUCCAUGGGCGUCUAUUUCAGUGUGAAGAGGCUAAGGAAUAAUGACGGAACUACGAAUGAAAGUACAAGCAUAGAAUUGGAAUCCUUGCAAGUAGACCAUGGUUCUGAAGCAAAUAAAAAGCUUGGGCAAGGUGGAUAUAGUGCGAUUUACAAGAAGUACACUCAGAUUAAGAAGAAGCUAAGUAGCAUGCGGAAGAAGAAAGAUGCAUCUUUUGUCACUCCCAAUAUUAAAGAAGAAAAUGAGAUCCAGGAGCUUAUAUCUGAUCUCCCUAUGCCCGAUGGAUUCUUGGAGAGUGAUGAUGAUUAUGUCAGUCAACUCUUGAAAAAUAGAUUAAGGUCCCUGAGAGGGUUACAACACUCUGUGGUGCCUUCUUUGUCCUCUUCAUCACCCUCAUCUCGGCACGUGAGUCAGCUCAAUAGUGAGUUGGACGAGUAUAAGCUGAGGUGUGAAGAGGCAGAGAGAAAGGUCAACCGACAGCGAGAGAAAAUAAGCUCUGUGCGUAAAGAGAUGCAGGAGGAAGUAAACUCCAUGAAAAGACAACAAGCACAGCAGCAGCAAGAAAUGGAAGCCAAGCAGAGACAGAUGGAGCAGAAAAUUGAGUUCCUUCUAUCACAACUCCAACUCCCUAGAGACCCUCCUACAUAGUUUUGUUCUUUUAGUGAAAAACAUAUAAUUAAUUUACAUAUAUUUGUAAGAAACACUUUUAGGAACAAAUUAACGCUUCAUCGUCAAUAUAUAUUAAUCCAACUCGAUC